CGCGUACUACUGUAGUCACGACAGCGAUAGGAAAACCAACAGAGUAGAGUAACCUAAAUAUGAAAUUCGUCCGAUCUAACUCAUUUAUGAUAAAAUAUUCAAUAAGCGCCAGAACUCCUAAAACACAUUAUGUCCUUUUCCAUCCGCACCAUGCUCCAGCACUGGUUUAUGCAGCGGUAGCAGAGGUAGCUCCUUCCGGCUUCACCUCUGUUGAUGGUUUAACACCGUUUGCUUUUGCAUCUGUAGUGGCCGUAACAUCUACAUCAGCCUCUCCAGAGAGAAUUGCAGCCCGGCGAUCAUGCCAAUCAACCUCGCUCUUAAUGACUUGCGCAAGAAGAGUUUCUUUCUCAAGCCAUUCUUUAUAAUAGACAUCCUCCCAAAGUUCGCAUUCCUUCUUAAGUGUAUCACUAACCUCUCCUGCCCACUUGGAUUCCCAGUGGCAUUUGCGGUAAAGCUUGUCGACAGAAAAGGCGAGUUCAUCGGCGGAGAAGAGUUCACUUGUGAGAGCAGUGAAGUAGUCAGCAUUUGCGUCUCCAGCGCCACUGGAAUCAUCCUCCUGACCAUUGGUAUGAGACUGGGGCGUUUUAAUGAUGAUCUUGAGUUUAUUGUUUUUACUGGCGGGUCCGGCUUGCAUCGAUUUAGGAACGGGAUCGGACGGCCGAAGAGCCUCUGUUUCGUGAACGGUACGCAUGUGUUUCGCCAACGCGUCAGAUCUGGUGAAUGAGCGAUCGCACUCUUUUCUAUCGGUUAGUAGUUUGUUUUAAAGAAGAUAUAGACACGGGUAAGGUACCUGGCAAAUAGCAAUAGAAAGGCUUUUCUCUCGUGUGGCUACGCAUAUGCGCCUUCAGGGCGUAUCCGCUAGCAUGUGCCAUCCCUUUCCUGUUGCAGCUCUUCCAUUCGCAAGUGUAUUUCUUUUGUCGGCUCUCGAUAUGGCUGUUGUGGAUGUGUUCGACCAAGUUGUCCAUGUUGCCCUGGUCGCCCGCGUCGCAACCGUCCCAGUCACAAAUUGUUACUUGGUCUUGGAAGUCUUCUUCAUCCAAUCGGGCAUUGAGUGGAGAAAGAGGGAUAUCGCCUGAGGUAUCUGAGGAGACACUGGGAUAAUUUUCCCAGACAUCUUCUGGCACAGGCUCCGUGUCAGGAUCGCCCUCGUUGGCGACUGCAGAUGACGCCCGAGAGCCGAUUUCCACCUUGAGGCGCUUGGACGGGCGGGAUGAAUUAUCAUCAAAGUCGCGUGUUUCAUCAUCAAAAGCAUCUGAUGAUGCCAUUGAUGAGAGUGGCGAAUCGGGGGGGGAAGGACUGCGAGCCAUGAUGUCGCGUCCGGCGCUCGCGGUAUCGCUGUGUUACAGAGUACGCUGGAAUUGCGACAAUGCCGCUUAUGAAGACUUCGAAGGACCCUUCGAGGCUGUGAGCGUAUCUGUUUGAUGAAAACACACUGUAUGAUGAUGGUGGCGCCGAUGUUGGAGGGAACUGUACAGGUGGUGAGGUUGACGAGAAAAUUACGACUGCAAGGGGCCAGCCGGCGUUGGCCUCUACUCUGGCGUCCUGCGAUGUGGAGGUGAUUGGUUGUAUUCUGGCGAAGCCUUGGGAGUGGGCCGCAGGGCAUCUGCCACGCAACAAAGUAGUCAAGAUAAACCAUUAACUUAGCUCUCAUUACCUUGUAAUUCUUGACUGGCAACGUUAUUCAUUAGUAUGUAUCGGGUUUUAAGAAAGACAAUUCUAUUGGGUUUUAUUCUCUAUCAUUCAGUUUCAACCCCAGCUUCAGAACUGACCAUCCACAGCUACUGAAGGUUCCUGGUCGUACAAAUUGACGAGCCUAACCUGCCCAAAACCUAGUCAAAAAAGACACUAAAAAACUUUUUUUCCAUUUUCUUCAAAUCAUUUGCGCAUUAAACUUGUUUGAACCUAAGCGGUGCCGUUACUGGACACAAUCUUGCGUCUCUCCUUGACGGCGUCGGCGAGCGUCUGUAGUACUGAGACGGUGUCAUCCCAAUGGAUACAGGCAUCGGUGAUGCUGACACCAUACUCGAGACCAUCUCUUCCACUCUCAGGAACCUUUUGGUUACCUAUAAUUGAACUGUUAGUGAUAUAGAUCUUGUCAGAAGGACUCAGAAGCACCCAGUUACGAACCUUCAUUAAUGUUGCUCUCAAUCAUGAGGCCCAUGAUGGCUGUCUCGCCCUUGGCAAUCUGCUCCGCGACAACGCUGGCAACCUUGGGUUGAUUCUUGUGAUUCUUGUUAGAGUUUCCGUGGCUGCAGUCGACCAUGAGGCGCUGAGGGACACCCUUCUUCUCAAGGGCUGCCUUGGCUUCGGCAAUGCUCUGUGCAUCAAAGUUGGUGCCUUUUGUUCCACCUCGAAGAAUAACGAAGCAGUCCUCGUUACCCGUCGUACCAACAAUAGCAACAACACCAGGUUUUGUGACAGACAAGAAGUGAUGGGCAUGCUUAACAGCGCCAAUAGCGUCAAUAGCCACGCCCAGCGAGCCGUCAGUGCCGUUCUUGAAACCGACGGGGAAGGAUAGACCGGAGGCCAGCUCACGGUGCAAUUGAGACUCGGUGGUACGCGCUCCAAUGGCACCCACAGAGAGCAGAUCAGCGAGGAAUUGGGGGGAGAUGGUGUCGAGCAUUUCACUAGCAAUGGGCAUGCCCUUGGAAGUUAGAUCAACGAAGAGCUGGCGAGACAUGCGCAGGCCCUUGUUAAUCUGGAAGCUACCGUCGAUGUCGGGGUCAUUAAUCAGUCCCUUCCAGCCAACAGUCGUACGAGGUUUCUCAAGGUAAGACCGCAUAACAAUGAGGAGCUCGUCCUUGUGCUUCUCUUUCUCCUUGAGCAGCAGGUCGCAGUAGGCCAUGGCGGCCUUGGGGUCGUGAAUGGAGCAAGGGCCAACUACGAUAAGAAGGCGGCCAUUCUUGUCGGUACCAUUGACAACUGCAACGGCCUCGUUUCGGGACUGGAUGACGGUCUGCUUGGAUUCGGCUGUCUGUGGGAUUUCGUGCUGGAGCAAGUCGGGAGGGGUUAGAGGGUUGUAGCCUUUGACUGUAGAGGGGUUAGCGAUUGAUGAAGCUAGGAGCCUGGACGGCGCCGGGCGAUCGUACUUCUCCAAUCCUCAGAGUCGGCCUGGUUACCAACGUUUUUGUUUUCGAUGAAGAACUGUGGUGAUCACAUGUGAGUAAAAGCCCGCCAUACUGAUGGCGCCUUUGGCGGGGUGAUUGAGUACAUACCGACAUGAUGGCGGAUAUAGAUGGCGACAAAUUUAGUUGGUAAUAGCUGUAGCAACAGUCUCAGAAAGUCAAGAGUAGAGAGAUGCCGCAAGAUAAAUAGAUUUAUCGAACGCGGCUGUGGCUGGUGAACGCUUUGGGCUUAGUAGAAAAUAGAAUGAUUGGCACCAAGUGGGAGAAAAUUAAGUUGGGUCUGACUGGUGGUGAGCGACGUCGGAGAGAGGGGCAGACAUGAGUCGAUCCAUGACUGGGUGCCACGCUUUAAAAUUGGGCACGGCUUGGUUCUUACAGGAAAGUGAUUGCAGCACAUAUCCACCAAGUUACACUAGGCAUUAAUAUUGUCUAAUUUGUAUUAAUUGACGCCUAUUGCGGGUUUAUUUUGAGUCAAUGAGCGCCGUUGUGUUGACAGGCCGCCUUUGGUAACACCGCUAGCGCAUUCACUACGGUAGAAAACCCCAUCUUACAAUGAGGACAUCGUUUAGUAGCAAGGUGUUCACAGGGGCGAUCUUGUUUGCUAGAAAGACACCCUCGUACAGGACCGUAUUUUCUGGGAUUACUCGGUCAUCGCGCUUCGCUCUUUCACUUUGAUGGAGCGAGCUAAUCAGAGCCGGGAUGACACUACGUCACGAUGCUUAAUCCACGCUGGGUCCACCACUGUCCUUCACAGCGAAUAGAAGUCGGGCGAUUUGAAGCAUGCAUACUUGUCCUGUUCAGCCUCUCUGUAAAGCUGUUUUACUUCAUACCAGUCUAGAGAUCAGCUUCGCCUGUAUAUCAUCCUAACCCUAACGGAGUCUGUCAGAUUAACCGGGUCGCCAUCUCCUUCACCCGAGCUGAGGAGACAGACUCCAAAGUCAGCCUCUUCAAGCCCCGCAUCAAACUGGUGCAAGAACUCGGGGUCUUCCUCGUCUUGCUCUUGUCGAUUAUUCUCAUCUAUUUUCCCUUUGUAUCUCGUACUACAUACGCCUACAGCCGCGACAUGGUUAACGCCACCGAGUUGCCCGUGGAAAUAAUCUCUGCUAUUUUCUACUUUGUCGAAGCCCCCAGAUUACCAGGAACAUCAGCAGCUUCCUCAAGAACACGCCUCGGUCAGUACGUUGGUAUAUGUAAAGCAUGGCAACCAGUCAUUGAAGAAAGAGUAUUUGAGUUUAUACGCCUGAACUCAGCGCGCGUGAAAGAAGCAAGUACAAUAUUAUGUCGGCGAUGUCGGUUCAUUCGACAAAUACAGCUUACCGUUCAGUUACAUGGAUCCCGUGCUGAAGAUGUUUUCGUACAAUACAACAAUGCCGUCGUCCAUCUGUUCGCCAUAUUUGCGGACAAUGCUACUACUCGUCAUAAAAUCCCUUUACCGCCGCUGAAAUUCCGUAUUUCGUGCUCCGAAUUGAGCAUUGGCGAGCAACAGAUAUACCUCGGCGACAUUGGCCAUGGCCAUCCUCCAAUGCGUAUAAUGCCAUCAUCGUUUGAAGAUAUCCCAACGAUACAACAAUUGGACGAACUCCACAUCGAGUCAACUUCAAUGCUGGCAUACACUGUGUUAGCUGCCAUGUGUCGCAUUAGUAGCCGCCUACCCAAUUUGCGCGUUUGGAGCUUUGUUGUACCUGAUGGAGCUACACCACCCUUAUCGCAUCUUAAAAUACGACUCGAAUUGGGGCUCGAUCAACUCCCAACAUCUCUCGAAUCGUUCCAAUUCUGCUAUCGUAUACCUCCUGACCAACUAGACACAGAACAACAUCAGUCCUUAAGCAAGAGCCUAUACCAGCUUGCCAUGAGGCCCGCCAUGAGAUUAUUCCACAUCAAUGGCCCAUUUGAAACCUCUCUGAUUGGAGAUUGGCCUGGUUUGCCAGGCGCAUUUUCUGAAAUGACAGAGUUUGUAGUAUCGAUGAAUGCCGAAACCCCAUCUGGCGUGCAACUCCUGUUACCUGAAACACAUGAUUUCGUUCCACAGGGCAGAGAUACGCGCACCAUACAAUACAACCAAAGAACAGAAACCUUGUAUACUGGCAGUGACUUCUCGAUUGUUAACGAGGCUGUCAUGAAUCCGAUUCUAGUUCGAGCAGCAGCCAUGGCAAGCAAGAUGCCCCGCUUACAAAGGUUCUCAAUUCAGCUCCUCAGCAGAUACACUUUCAAAGUCGCAUACAAACACGGCCAUCUAGCGGUACACAAUCACCACUUAUAUAUACCACCACCCGACGUGCUACGCGCUUGGCACUCUGCAACGACUGCGAACCUUGGGCAGCACGAGGCCUUGAGCGUUAUGAUAACCUCAUCAGGUCACCGGCUCCCUGAUUUCAAGAUUGGGGAAACAUAAAUAUCACAAAGUUAAUGAGUAAUUAUUAUACAAUCUACAUGAUAUCAAUGUUUAGGAUUUUGAUGUCCUCUUCUGGCUUUUCCUUGUACGUAUGUACAUUUUCAAUUUUAUGAAUCACGUCCAAGCCCUGCGUUGCACGUCCAAAUAUGGUGUGCUUACCAUCGAGCCACGGCUACAGCAAUGAUUAGCACAUCAAAACAUCCCGAGCAAGCGGAGAGACUUGAAACUUACCGUCUUUUCGGUUGUAAUAAAAAAUUGACUGCCAUUUGUAUUGGGGCCAGCGUUGGCCAUGCUGACGGUGUAUGGCUUGUCGUGCUUCAAACUACUGAAUUCAUCUUCAAAUUCUCGCCCCCAGAUACUCUCACCGCCUGUACCGUCGCCCAGCGGAUCACCGCACUGAAUCAUGAACUUGCGGAUAACACGGUGGAAUAUAGUAUUGUUAUAGUAGCCGCGCUUCGCAUGGGUAACAAAGUUCUCCACAGUUUUGGGUGCAGCAUCAGGGAACAAUCGUACGCUGAUAUCCCCGUAGGUGGUGUGGAUAACAGCAGCAGUACCCGUUUCUACCUUUUUGGGUCCAGCGUCCUUCUUGCCGCCCAAUUGGGUAGGCUUUUCAUUUUGAAUGUCUCGAGUGGACUUAGAAAUAUCCUCAUCGUUGGUAAACAUGUAAAAACGGACUUUGCCAACAGCGGUGCCAACCAGUAUCGGGUCGCGGGCUUCCGAUUCUUGCAGCAGAGGAUUCGCAGACGCCCCCAUUUGCACCGAUGUAAGCCCCUUCUUUUGAGGUUGGCCUUGAUAGAUGGAAAGAUUUAUAAGCCGUAAGUUUUCUUCUCGAGCAUACGUCUUCACCACCUGGUUGGUAUAUGUGUUGAGCACCUUAACGCCAAGCAUCGAACCAUAUAUCAAGAAAUUUCCCGUCUCAUCGAAAAUGAUGUUCGACUUAUUCUUCAGCGUUGCUGACUCCACGUCUCGCUCCUGGGCCAUGCGUCUACCAAACUCGACAGCAUCGACUUUCUGACUUUGUGCGCCGGCCUGCUGCAUUUCCUCAAGUGCUUGUAGCGACUCGUCAUAGGUGCGAUGAAGCUUUCCUGACGCAAAAUCAAACAGGCGAACCUUGCGGUCCGGGAACGACAUGGACGCAAAAGUCUUGCCAUUUGGUGAUAUUGUUAUACACGACGGUAUUGUUUUUGCCUUCUUGAAGUCAAACAGAUUUGUCGAGCUCUUGUACUCAAACACAUUGUCCGGUUUAUCGUAGCCCCCGCUCGGUCGCCAGUACUCAAUCAUACCGUUCUCGUCUGCGGAUAAGACGCAGUCAUAAGCGUCAUUAAAGGCGAUGAUAUGUACCGGGGCUCUGUGUAAGCCCUUUAUCGUGUGUAUCGCGUCUUCUCGCUCGCCGCGGCCGUCGUAAAUGUGUAUCAAGGGCUUUGCACCCUCGGAGACCGCCAGCAAAGGAAACGAUGCACCCUUCUUAUGCACCCAACAGACGCAUUUUGGCGUAUAGCCCAGCGUUAGCAUAGACAGCAGAUCGAAAGUUAAAACAUCAAAGAUCUUGACAGUAUCGUCGGCACCCGCCGUGGCAAAACUACGCCCGUCCAGGCUGACAGCAACGGAUUUGAUUUCGCCAUUGUGCGCGCGGAAUUCUUUGACAAACUCGAUACCUUGUGCGUCUUUUUUCCAAAACUUCACCACGCCAUCUAUUGAAGACGUAAUCAAGAAGUCCGUUAGCGGCGUCCAUGUCGUAAAGAGGACCUGCUCUUUGUGCAUGAGGGAGCGCGAGUAGCGCGGCGAUGUGGGCAAGGCCGCGAUAUAGAGCUUCUCGUAAGGCAGAACGCGGCGUUUCUUCUUGGGUGCAGCUUCGGAGGGGAGCUGAGGACCCAUAUCGUCAUCAUCGGACGAAGAGUCAGAGCCAUCUUGGUCCUGGAAAUCCUUGUGCGAGCGCUUCUGUGCGCGCAUCUCGUCGUCGUCCGCCAUGGCGUUGCAGGUCGAAGGGGGGCAAUGAUAUUGGAUCCGCGUGAUCAGUUCCGAGUCGUGUCAGGCUCAGUAUUAGCCUUGGUUGUUGUAUUUUCUGGCGAUGGUGCUGGCAAUUGGGCCGCUGGAUGUUUUGCAGCUUUGGAAACUCGUAGUGGAGUUUUAUUGAUGCUCAGCAGCUAGCAGCUCAUUUUUUUGCCCACUGCUGCGGCUGCGGUGGCGGCGUUAGCG